UCAAAAAUCUCAUUAACAGAACUUAAACGACUGGUUUAUUUGGCAGAACCUGAAAAAAAGAUUCUUGCAGUAGCUGGAGGCUUGUUAUUGGUAUCAUCAAGUGUGACACUCUCAGUACCUUUUCUUUGGGGAAAAGUGAUCGACGUAUUCACAUCUCCGGAAUUAUCACAAGCCUUACCUCUUUCUCUACCUGGUGUUGCGGGACUUUUAACUGGCUUUUUUCUGAUCGGGGCUGGAGCUAAUACUCUACGAGUGAUAAUCAUGAGGAUUGCUGGCCAACGUGUGGUCCAAAGAAUCAGGAAAUCGGCUUUUAACGCUAUCAUCAAGUCUGAUAUCACUUGGCAUGAUCUACGCGGUGCAGGCUUAUCAAAUGGAAGAGGUGGUACGGGCGAUUUGAUCUCACGAUUGGGUAGUGAUUCAUAUAUAGUUGGUGAUUCGAUCACCCGAGAUCUAGCCGAUGGAACAAGGGCGUUAAUUACAUCAGUUGCCGGAGUUUCAAUGAUGUUUUACAUCUCAACUAAACUAACUCUGGUCAUGUUAACAGUUGUUCCCCCGACUGCGAUCGGUGCAGUCUUCUUUGGAAGAUACUUGAAAAAGCUUAGCAAAUUGACUCAAGAAGGACUUGGUGAAAUGACUAACUUUGCCGAGGAACGACUCACUCAAGUCAAGACUGUUCAUAGUUUUAAUUCAGUAUCAAUCGAACAAAAGACCUUUUCAAAUAAAGUUGAUGAAAUCUUUGAACUUGCUCGUAAAGAGGCAUUCGCAUCUGGGUUUGGUUUCACCGGUAACCUGACCGUGAUCGCACUCUUGACAUACGGUGGUACACUUGUAGGCCGUGGCGAGAUUUCAGUGGGAGACUUAUCAUCCUUGAUGCUCUACACAGCAUACGUGGGAAGCUCUUUGGUAGGACUAAGUAGCUGGUUUGCAACCAUCAUGAAAGCUCUUGGCGCUAGCUCACGUGUCUUCGAACUCUUGGAUGCUCGACCAUCAUCGGUCGUUCUUGGUGAAGGUCGAGUUCUUAGUACCACUGCACCGCUCAAGGAAAUCACAUUCAAAGGAGUCCAUUUCAAUUACCCUGCUCGACCGACUGCUGAGAUCCUCAAAGGUUUAGAAUUGAAAAUUCAACCCGGGACAUCUUUAGCUAUCGCUGGGUCAUCAGGUAGUGGAAAAAGUACAAUCGCGCAACUUCUCUUACGUUUCUACGACCCUAAGUCGGGCGAAAUCAUGUAUGGAGAAGAUAACAUCAAGUCUUUCACACCCGAAUCGUGGCGAUCAAACUUUGGUUUAGUUCCACAGGAACCGGCUCUAUUAAGUGGAACGAUUGCCAGUAAUAUCACUUACGGAAUCUCUAGUCCUGUAUCACAUUCUACUCUCGAGAAGUGUGCACUUCUGGCCAACGCCUUAGACUUCAUCAAUGCCUUACCUAAAAAGUUUGAUACCGAGAUUGGCCCUAAAGGGAUGCAAUUGAGUGGUGGUCAACGACAAAGAUUGGCUAUUGCUCGAGCCUUGAUUCGUCAACCCAAGUUUUUGAUCUUAGAUGAAGCCACUAGUGCACUGGAUACUGCUUCUGAGAAUGAAGUGAACCUAGCCAUUCAAAGUGUUAUGAACGAAAGAAGCUUGACGUCUGUGAUUAUUGCUCAUCGACUCAGCACCUUGAAGACGGCGGAUAGGAUAAUCUUUGUUGAUGAUGGAAAAAUCUUAGAAUCUGGUACUUAUGCUGAACUUUCCAAGGAAGGUACCGGGUUCAAUGCGAUGGUCAAAUCACAACUCUUA